AAAUACAUUAGGCAGUUAAAUGAAUACAAGCUUUAGACGUCCGUCGUCACAUUCUCAAGUACGUAGUCAAAUUCAAUCACGCAUAAUUUGUCUGUCCCACCACACCGACCCCGGACUGUUUCUCUUCUAAAUUGCCUUUUUUCACCCUAAGCUUUUCCUCUCUUCUCUUUUUCGCCCUCCGGUUUCCUUGGUCUCUGACCGUUCACAAAUUCACCGCCGUUGAGUUUGUUUCUGGUCGGAGAUUAUGAAGGACACCAAGUCUAAGAGGAAGAAGAAGCGAUCACGCGCCGCUGUCAAACCAACCACUAACGGUUCGCCACGUGGAAGACUGGAUGAUGAAAGACGGAUCAAUAGUGUUAGCUUGUUGACCGAUGCUUUGGAAGAUGUUUCUCUUAAAGAAAUGGACGUUGAUGCCAACAAAAAGGCGGAGAUUUUGACGACGUUGUCAGAGAAUAGUGAAGAUCCGUCGACUGCGAGUUCGUUUUUUGGCGGAUCUUCGGGAUUGAGCUCGAGCUCGAGCUCAAGCGUGGGGUACGUUGGGAGGAGCUGUGUGCAGAACAUGGUGAAGAAGGGGGCGAGUAGGCAGAAGAGAGCGGUGGCGGUUACCGGAACGGUGGCAAAUGUGUUGGGGAAGGAGUACGUGAGGGCGAGUCAGAGAAAAGCGGAGAAAUUUAAGGAAGUUGUUAAUGAUCAGAAUGGGUUUAAUGAAAAGGAGGUGGAACAGUUUUUGUACUCGAUGCUUGGCGAAGAUAGCGAGUUGAGUAUGGCUGUGGUCAAAGAUGUGCUUCUUCAGUGCGGGUAUAAUGUUGAAAAGGCUUUGGAGUCAUUGAUGGAUUUGUCAGCUUCCUCUAAUGAACAGUAUGGGAACUGCAAUGAUGAUUUUAACCUUAAGGAAGAUGCAAGAUUUUGCAUUGGAUCUAGUGACAAUCUGACAGAAGUAUCUGAUUGCACUUCUCGCUCAUCUGAAACUGAUCUAAAUGAUAAUAUAUGGUCUAUGGGCUUUAAUUGCAGGAAUUAUUCAAAGGUUCUUUCUUCUGAAGUAUCUCCUACCAAGCCAAGUGGCAAGUUUGACCUCCCUCAAGAGGUGUUGGAAUCUUUGUUUAACAUCUCCAAGAGUCCUGUGCAUGAACAAAACACCAUGAAUUGGAGGAAUGUAGUAAGGAAAUUGCAGUCAGUAGGACCUCGAUUUAAUGUUUGCCCUUCUGACACCACAGAAUCUCAGCAGCAGGAGCUUUGUGCUAAGGGAGAUGAAUAUCAAGUUUAUAGAAAGGAUGCUAAGCAGCACUGGGAUAAAACGAAAUCCUCCUACCAGAAGGCCGCAGCAGCGUAUUCAAAGGGUGAUUGGCAGUAUGCAGCUUAUCUUUCUGAUCAGGGGAAAUUACAGACUGAGUUAGCUCGUCAGGCAGAUGAAAGGGCAACCCAGGAUAUAUUUAAAGCGAGAAAUCGGGACAUAGAAAAUGUGAUAACAAUUGAUUUGCAUGGGCAACAUGUCAAGCCAGCAAUGAAGCUAUUUAAACUUCACCUCCUUAUGGGAUCAUAUGUUCAAUCAAUUCAAGCUCUGAGGGUUAUCACAGGAUGUGGCUCGCAUGGUAAAGGAAAGUCAAAACUGAAACACUCGGUGAUUAAUCUUAUAGAAAAGGAAAAUUUGCAAUGGAGUGAAGAAAACCAAGGAACAGUUGUAGUAAGGUUUGACGGGUAUAGAGAGUUCAGCUUUCUGGAUUCGGAGAGUGAUUCGGAGUGAUGUUGGUGUAGUCAGGUGGGGGUAGGAACUAGCUAGAGGUUAUUAUUUUUGGAGUAACCAUUUAAGAAUGAAGAAGUCACAGGUGGUGUAGUGUUGAGAUGUUGAUUUGUGUACAUGGCAUAGGUAGGUGAAAAGUCAGAGCUAGAAGUGGCUCACACCUGAUGUUAUGUAUGUUGUACAUGUACAUCCAUUAAUCUGAAGAAAAAUGUGUAUCUUAGUAAUGACAUGAUACAUGUUAGGAUUGUACAUCUGUAAGUUAACUUCACAAACUGAUCAGUUUAAGUGACCUAAAGACUUUUCUUUG